CUGUUCAACACAACACUUCAGAGGAAGACAAAGACAGAAGUACAAACAGUGAGCUGUCAGUGAAGAAAGAUGGCUUCCAUUAAACGAAUGCUUUAUGACACACUGGAUGACCUGGAAAAAGACAAUUUCAAGAGAUUUAAGAGCUUCUUAAGAGAAGAUGGACCUAUUCCUGCUUCUGUAUUGGAGAAGGCUGAGGCAACAGACACAGUGAAUCAGAUGCUGGAUCGUUUUGGACCAGAAAGAGCUGUAAAGAUCACACUUCAUAUCCUGAAAAAGAUUAACCAGAACAAUCUUGCUGAACAGUUAGAGAACAAGCACAAGGAAGCCUUUUUUACGGAGGAUUUAAUGCUGCAGAAAUGCUUGCAAAUUCACAAAACCAACAUGAAGAAGAACACAAAGUGUAUUUUUGAGGGCAACAAAGACAUUGACACAGAUCUCGAGACUGUUUACACAGAGCUGUUCAUUACAGAGGGAGAGAUGGAAGAUGUCAAUCAUGAACAUGAGAUUCUUAAGAUUGAUGAAGCUUUCAAGAACAGAAAAACACAGGACAAACAAUUCAAAUGCAAUGAUAUUUUUACUGAACUGAGGAAAAAUAAAGAGGAGAGGAUUGUGCUGACCAAGGGAGUCGCUGGCAUCGGAAAAACUGUCUCUGUGCACAAGUUCAUCCUGGACUGGGCAGAAGGAAAAACCAAUCAGGAUAUAGAGUGUGUGUUCCUGCUUCCAUUCAGAGAGAUCAACGUAAUUAAAGACAGAGAGGUCAAUCUCCAUGAGUUUCUGCUGAAAUUUUAUCCUGAAUUGAAAAACCUGGAGAAAUCAAAGUUAUAUAAGGAAUGUAAGCUAGCGUUUAUAUUUGAUGGACUUGAUGAGAGUCGCCUGCCAUUGAACUUUAAAAGUGAAACACUGGACACUGUUGAGGAAAGAGCAUCUGUAGAUGUGCUGUUUACAAGUCUGGUCAAAAGGAAGCUGCUUCCAUCAGCUCUUGUCUGGGUGACCUCACGACCAGCAGCAGCCAAUCAGAUCCCUCCACGGUAUGUGGGUUUGUUCACAGAGGUGCGAGGAUUCACAGACCAACAGAAGGAGCAGUACUUCAGAAAGAGAAUCAAAGAUGAGACUCAAGCCUCCAGAAUCAUCUCACAGAUUAAGACGUCUCAUAGUCUCUACAUCAUGUGCCACAUUCCUGUCUUCAGCUGGAUCACAGCCACAGUACUUCAGGAUAUUCUCAUCAAGAACAAUACAGAGAACAUAAGCAUAACACUCACUGAAAUGUACAUUCACUUCCUGCGGAUACAGAUGAACAUGAAGAAUCAGAAGUAUGAUGAACAAGAAAGAGAACAUUCAGAGCACUUAAAAUUAAACAGAGAGCUGAUUUUGAAGUUAGCUAAGCUAGCAUUUGAACAGCUGAAGAAGGAAAACAUUGUGUUCUAUGAGAAAGAUCUAAAAGAAUGUGGUAUUAAUGUGAGUAAAGACACUGAGUUCACAGGAAUGAUCGCUGAGAUCUUUAAGAAGGAAGAUGGACUUUAUAAGACAAAGGUCUUCUGCUUUGUGCAUCUGAGUGUUCAAGAGUUCCUCGCUGCAUUGCAUGUGUUCAUCUGCUACCUGAACAAGAACAGACAUGAGCUUCAGUUUUUCUUUGAAGAUUCACAAAAUACAGCCAGAAAAAAGUGUCAGAUCUUCUCAAGAAUUUUCAAAUUUCAUGACUUAAUAAAGAGAGCCACUGAUAAAGCAAUGCAGAGUAAGAGAGGACACCUGGACCUGUUCCUGCGGUUUCUGAUGGGAAUUUCACUGGAAUCCAGUCAGAACCUACUCAAAGGCCUGAUCACACACACUAAAGACACCACAGAGAGCAUCACACAAACAACUGAACACAUUAAAGAAUUACUGAAACAGGACAUCUCAGAUGAAACUUCAGUCAACCUAUUCUACUGCUUACUUGAGCUGAAAGAUAAUUCAUUAUAUGAGGAAAUCCAGAGUUACCUUAGUUCAGAUGAACAUCCAGGAAGAGACCUCUCAUCUUCAAUGUGCACAGUGUUGACCUACAUACUGCUGAUGUCAGAGAAAGUGCUGGAUGAGUUCAACCCAAAGAGGUUCACGUCAUCAUCUUCAAACUACAAGAAACUCAUUCCAGCUCUGAGGUGCUGCAGAAAAGCCCUAUUUGACGGCUGUGAUCUUAAUGUAACAUGCUGUGAAACUGUGUCUUCUGCUCUACAAUCAUCAAACUCUCAUCUGACGGAGCUGGACCUGAGUAACAAUGACCUGCAUGAUUCAGGAGUGAAGCUGCUUUCUGAGGGACUGAAGAGUUCAAACUGUCAGCUGAACAUACUGAGGCUAUGUGGAUGUAAUCUCACUGCUCAGUCCUGUGAAAGUUUGUCUUCAGCUAUACAAUCUUCAAAUUCCCAUCUAAAUGUGCUGGAGCUGAGUAACAAUGAUCUACAGGAUUCAGGAGUGAAGCUGCUUUCUGAAGGUCUGAAGAGUACAAACUCUAAGCUGGAGAUGCUGAGAUUGUCCUUAUGUAGUCUCACUGCUCAGUCUUGUGAGAGUUUGUCAUCAGUUUUACAAUCAUCAAGCACCUUUCUGAGAGAGCUGGACCUGAGUAACAACGAUCUGCAGGAUUCUGGAGUGAAGCUUCUUUCUGAUGGACUGAAGAGUCCAAGCUCUAAGCUGGAGAUACUGAGGUUGUCUGGCUGUAUGGUGACAGAGGAAGGAUUUUCUUAUGUCUCUUCAGUUCUGACUUCACACCCCUCACAUUUGAGAGAGCUGGAUCUAAGCUAUAAUCACCCUGGAGAUUCAGAAAAACUGGAUAAAAUCAAUGUGGAUCAUGGAGGAGAAUCCAGGAUUACAGCAGGACUACAGAAAUAUGCCUGUUUUCUCACACUGGAUCCAAACACAGCAAGCACUGAUCUCAUUCUGUCUGAGGAGAACAGAAAGGUGGCACGUGUGCAAGAGAAACUGUCGUAUCCUGAUCAUCCAGACAGAUUUAAUAAGUGUCAUCAGGUGUUGUGUAGAGAGAGUGUGUGUGAACGCUGUUACUGGGAGAUUGAGUGGAAUGGAGAUAAAUGUGUGUUUAUAUCAGUGUCAUAUGAGAGAAUCAACAGGAAGGUAGAUGAGGAGUGUGUGUUUGGAUGUAAUGAUCAGUCCUGGAGUUUGAUCUGCACUCCUGACAGUUAUUCAUUCAAACACAAUAACAUAGAGGCUGAUCUCUCUGUGAAGCCUAUUAGCAGAAGAAUAGGAGUGUAUGUGGAUCACAGAGCAGGAACUCUGUCCUUCUACAGCAUCUCUGAAACAAUGAGAUGCACAAUCCACACAGUCCAGACCACAUUCACUCAGCCGCUCUAUCCUGGGUUUGGUUUUUUUUCUUAUGGAUCAUCAGUUACACUGUGUUGAUGAAUCAGAAGAGAUUGACAAGAGAUUCUACUCAUAAUGCUUUUAGCUGCAUGAUAAAUCAGUAACAGUGAGAUGUUAGUCUCUUCAUGACAUUAAUACUGUGGCUGACUUUCUGUCAUUGAAAUAACAGACAGAAUAAAUGUAUCAGAAAUCCUCUUAUAGACAGUAAGAUCAGUUUGUGUGUGUGUCUUCAUUUGUGUUUUUAUUUUAGUUUGUAUUAUUUCUAUCAAACUUUAUUUUCAACUGAAAAGUUCUUCAUGGACCAUGUUUGUGAAAAGUACAUGUAAUACAUUUUUCUCUGUUUUUUUUUCUUCAUAAAUAAUACAACAUGGUGAGAAAUGAACUUGAGAUCAGAAUUGAAUUGAACUGAUGUUUGUAUCAUGAAUAUAAUCAAUUCCUCACAAGAGGAGAGUUUCUGACAUUAUAAAAUAAAACAUUCAUCAUAGCAUUUAAUAAAAUAUAUUGUAACUACAGAAAAGCUGUACUCAA